AUGGAUAAAGCUAUGAUGGCGUUAUCGUUGGAUGAGGAAGAUGAACCAUUUGAUAUGCCGAAUCUUCCCCAGUACAAAUCGUGUGAAAGAAAUUUCAGAAGUCUGAUUUUAAGAAUCUUGAAUCCAGACUGUCAAAAGAUGUCGGGUCUGAUUAGAGAUAUGCCAAGAAAGUGGCAGAAGCAAGGAAGGGUUAGAGGAAUCGCCUUAUCAAAAGAACGCUUUCAGUUCAUAUUUGAUCAUGAGCAUGAUCUACUGGAGGUAUUAGAAAAAGGGGUUCAUACCUUUAAUGAGUGGGCGCUUGCAAUUGAUCAGUGGGUAGAGUAUCCCCCUGCAGAUUAUCUUCAGUUCGUCCCUAUCUGGAUUCAGAUUAGGAAUUUGCCGAUCAAUUACUAUACGAGGGAAGCUAUUACAGCGCUGGGUGAAAGGAUCUUUGGUGAUGUGAAAGUGGUAGCCUUUGAUCCAGAUAAGCCUCAGAUUCAAGACUACGUUCGCAUUCAGGUUCGAUUUGAUGUGUCUAGACCUCUGUGGAAAUCGAAAAUAGUGAACUUGCCGGAGGGGGGUUCCACGGUUGUCUACUUCAACUAUGAGAGAGUCAAGAAGCGGUGCUAUGAAUGUCAACGAUUGAAUCAUGAGAAGGAUGUGUGUCCGUUGUUAGUAAGGAAAAGAAGAGAUGAGGCAACACAGAGAAGAGAGCGGGCUAUUAUAGAUGUCAAUCAAAACAAAGCUCUUCUUGCACCUGAUGACCCACUCUUUGGAGUUCUUUCUGAAGAACAAGUGGGUUUUUGUAAGACAACGGGAAGAAGGAAGAUAUCACCAGAGGUACUGGAUGAGAUGAGAAGGUACUUACUGAUGGCAACAGAGGAAGAUAAGGUUAUUCGCACUGAUCGAGUUAAAUCUUCUGUUGCUGAAGCUAAGAAAGAUCCUCUCAUUCAAAAGACGAUGCUGCGACUAGAGUCUGCUCCUAUUUUCACUCAUCAGGUGGAUAGAGGAUAG